AUGUCAGAACCAAUACCUGAAUCUAUUCCUACUAGCCAAGACCCCCGAAGCAAGCGCCCCUUGAAGCGACGCGCCCUAACGCCUCUCUCUGAACAAGCUAAACAGCUCGAUGGGCUAUUCAAAGACCCAAGUAAAGAUAUUCAUAUACCCGCCAUUUCUAAACCUCGCACCUCCGCGUCUCUACCGCCGCCACCAGAGGUUGUCGCGAACGUUCAAGGCUCGUCAGCCGGGGCCGGAUCCGGCGAGUUUCACGUAUACAAAGCAAGUCGUCGACGCGAAUAUGAGCGAGUGAGAUUGAUGGAAGAAGAGUUGAAGAAUGAAAAGGCUACGACAGAACAUGCAAAUAAGAUGGAAGAGCUAAAGCGGAAGGACGAAGAGAAGACAGAAAAGAAUCGAAAAAAGCGAGAGAAGCGGAAAGCGGCCAAAUCAAAGAAAGGAAAUGGUUCCCCUCACAAUGCGACGGAGAAUGAGAAUACAAAAGUGGCAUGUUGUGCCGAUGGCUCUGACGAGCGACCCAGAGACAAUAACAGAGAGCUAAACCAGGCAAACGCUUAUGCGGAAACCCCAGGUGUUAUUAUCCAUGAUGAAGAUUAA